UCAGUCUGCCGUCUCUGUACACGAUGGAUGCUGACAAGAAACGUCUGCAAAAAGAGUUGAUGACACUGCAGCUCAAUCCACCAGUAGGAAUUAAAGUCAACGGUGACCAUGGAUCAAGUCUAACUACGUGGUAUGUAGAAAUGGAAGGAGCAACCGGAACUCUAUAUGAAGGCGAAAAAUUUCAACUAUUGUUUAAAUUUACCAACAGAUAUCCAUUUGACUCACCCGAGGUUGUAUUUACGGGCACGAACAUUCCUGUGCACCCACACGUCUACAGUAAUGGCCACAUAUGUCUGUCCAUUCUCACAGAGGACUGGUCACCAGCUCUCUCAGUUGAGUCAGUCUGCCUUAGCAUUGUCAGCAUGCUUAGCAGCUGCAAGGAGAAGAAGCGCCCACCUGAUAACACAUUUUAUGUUAAGACCUGUAGCAAAAAUCCCAAGAAAACUCGGUGGUGGUACCAUGAUGAUAAGGUUUGAUGGUGUGUUGGCUUCCCAAGGCUGUACAUAAUCCUCAAACACUGAUGCUACUUACAACACUGUCAGCUUGCUUCCAUCCAAGUCUACACAACUAAGAAGGUGUAUAUACACAUGAAAUAUCAUUUUGCUGCAAAACUGAGCAUUUUUUGAUAUUCCAUGUAAGACGACUAUGAUAUCAUUAGUUUGCCUGUGAUUCCCACUCAGUGAUGGUGGUUCUUCUAGUCUGUACAGACACAGUUGUUUGUCGUAAAUCAUAUUUACUAGGGGGUGUAACAAUUCAUCGAUACAUCGGUGAAUCACGAUACAGAGGCCCACGAUACGAUAAUCGAUACGCAGUGUCCUUGUACUGAUACAAACUACACGGUUAAACUGUUGAACAGUGAAUAAGGCAAGCUAAACUAUUUUUAAUAAAGAACAUGUAAUUCCUUUUAAAUCUUUUAUUUUAUGAAGUCCGUCUCAGCGUUACGUAUAUCAGGAAUUACAAGCAAUGUAUCGCAAUACGUAUCGUAUCGUGAACUACGUAUCGUGACCCGAGUGUAUCGUGACACCUCUAAUAUUUGCACUACAAAAUUGGUAUGUUUGUUGUAACCCUGCAAUUAUAUUGCCAGCAUUCACCAGGAGAAAAUAUCCAAGCAGAUUAGAAAUCACAAACAAUAAUCUUAGUUAGUGUAUUUAAGUAACAAAACAUAAAGCAUUAGCUUGUUGGGUACAAUUUUAGUCUAUAUUUUGGGUGCAAUUUGGGAGUUCAAUCUUCUUGGAGUAACAAAGUAUUAUAUAAUUUGAGAUGAAUUGAGGUGCUUACCAAGGAUUCAAUGUGGUUGGGUGUUAUUGUAACCUGGGAUGUAAAUACUGUUAUUAAAACUGUUGAAAUGCACUUGAAAUGCAAACUUGUGAGCAAUUUGUGUUCUUUGGGAAAACUGUAUGUGUGUGUUUGACAGUAUAGAUGUAGAUGGAUAGAAUCUAUUGCUCAUAAAACUGCUAGAUUCUGUAGCUCGUUUGGAUCAAAUAUAUCUAUAGUCAAUACUAUAGAUAUAUUCAUGGUAAUGUUUAAUAAUGCCUUCAAAGUGCAAAUGAAUGAAUCAACCAUUACACAGGUGGAAGACCGUAAACUGCCAUAAAAAGAGGUAAUCUUCUUGGAAGGUUGCCAAUAGUAUAUAUAACCUACUUAUAGGACCUUCCAAGCUGCCAAAUUUGUAUAUGUAUAUCUUAAUUGUAUUUUAGCUGUACGCAACGAACUGGUAGCGCAGUAGAUAUCCAGACUAUGCUGUCUCUUCUCAUACAAGUCUUUAAAGCUGUUACUGGGAAGUGUGUGCACACACGUACAUGUAUGCACGUGUAAUUGUGUACAUAAAACAAAGUUUAUCUCAGUUAUUAUGGAUCUAACUGAGAUAAACUUAUUUUUAUGUGAACUAUAGAGAUCCGAUGAAAUUAUUCAAUCACACAAUAUUGUACAUUUCCUUUUUUCAAAUUAAAGUUCAUGUUAUACUAUGUGAGCUACACGUGUAGUGACAUUUUUGAGGUAGAUGUUCACCUGAAAAUCACGGUUUUUAAUGAGAAAUCGAAAUUGUAAUGCAUCAUGAAUAGAAAGUAGUGUGACGAUAAGGAAUUAUGUUAAGCUCUAUAAACAGUAGAGUCCUUAAUGAAUCACCAUGUUAUCGUGUAAUUUCUCUAUUACAGUAUUAGGUACGUUUAAUAAACCUAUUGUUCCUCGGUACCACUAUGGCGGGGGUUUUCAUAACAGUCUCAUCUACAUGUAAUUGAUAAGAUGUGUAGCUCAAUGAACUAACUACGGCGCUGUGCUUUGUUGACCCCCUUCAUAAGUGCUCUAGCAUUACUCAUUCUAGAUAUGACAUCGUACUACAAAAUAUUUACCAGGAAUUUAUUUACCAUAAUAUCAAGAGCGGGUUAAUGCGCUCUUGAUAAUAUAAUAUUUAUAUAGGAUUUUACUAUACCAUUCCUUGACUGAAUUGAUGAUUUCCAUGCUUAACUCUUACACGAUUAGUUAAUGUAAGGAUAUAGUCUAUUUAUCUAUAGUGAUCUUAAUAAAGACAAAUGAGAAUCCGUCGUUUAGCACGAUCCAUUUCAGUCACAGAACUGUUCGUGGACGUUAGAUCCAUGCCAUAUUUACUCCUGGUGAGAACUAAUCGGGUUCAGUUGUUGUUAGGAAAACCUUUACGUGGAGUGGAGGACAAGUUUACAUGGAUAUUAGGAAACUAUCACGUAUAUGGUUCCAUGGCUCGAGGUAUUUGGAUUCUGUUUUAGUAAGAGUUUACUUUGUAUGUGCUAUACAUAUUUCGUUUAAUGCUGAUUGAUAAUAAACAGUAACACAGUACUAAACUGAAUUUAUUCGUAGGGGUCAAUUUAACCACUUAUAGUUAACAUUAUAUAGUAACCAUUCGUUUUUAUGUCGGGAAGUCGGCAAAGAGAGUACGUAGGUCCUAUCUCGGGUGCACUACCUGUGUAUGUUCUAAAGGGAAUUUGGUUUUCGCCCCUGUUACUAUGACCAUAAUUGUACAAUUAUUUCAUUCGCUCUGUGACAAAAUGUUGUGCUUAUGAUUAAUUCGAUUUGAGUCUGAGUAGAAUAAUUAUGGUUGUACGUAUAUUUUUUAGCUUUAUGAUCAUACUUGUUUGUCCGUGGGCACUAUAUGUAAUGUUUUUGUGGUGUAAAUAAAAUCAGUUACAUUCUUUUUAAAAUUUUAA